AUGUUUAUCUUAAUAUAGACUCUUAAAAAAGGGUUAUGCUCUGUCCCUUGUGAGAAUAAUAACCAAUGCAGCCAAUGCGACCAAGCGAAUUAAUUUUGUUAAUAGUGUAUAUAAGGUUAUAUUUUGGGUGAAAAUGAAUGCUUACGUAAGAAAUUUUAUAUUUUGUAGCUUGCGUUACUGGAUGUUAAUACUGUGGUAAUGGUUAUUAUUUAGAUAAUACAAGCUGCAUUAUCUGUUCGACUAAUUGUAAUAAUUGCUCAUCUGCAACAUAAUGUAACUCAUGCGAUUCCGGCUAUCAAAUUGUCAAUGGAUAUUGUUAGGCAUGUACAGAUUCCCAAUACUACUCUUCUUAACAUUGCUAUGAUUGCUCUAUUAAUUGUAAAACAUGUUCCACAAGUGAAACAAACUGUAUAUCAUGUGCUCCAGGAAAAUACAUCCAAGGAAAUUAAUGUUUGCCUUGUGUAGCUCCAUGUGCUGAGUGCGAAUCUUAAAAUCAAUGUACUAAAUGUGAUUCAGGAUAUUGGGUUGAUAACCAAGCUUGUACUAAUUGCAAUGAUAAAUGUAAAACUUGCACAUCUGAAACUCAAUGCCAAACUUGUGCUGAUGGCUAUUACUUAGAUGGAACUUCAUGUUUAAAUUGUCCAACUGGAUGUACAUAGUGCUCUAGUUCUUCUGUAUGCACCUCUUGCCAAUUAAGCUAUUACUUGGAUGGCACUUGCAAAUAAUGUUCUCCUGGAACAUUCAUAUAAGAAAAUGCUUGUUCUGCAUGCACUAGCCCUUGUGCCACUUGUGAAACUUCAGCCACUCAUUGUUUAUCUUGCAAUUCCAAAUACUUUUUGAAUAAUAAUUCCUGCUAACAAUGCUCAUCCCCAUGUGACACUUGCGAAUCCGCUUCGGCUUGCUUAAGUUGUGUUGUUGGAUCCUAUUACAUCAGUUCAAGUAAGACUUGUCAAUCUUGCGAAUCGCCCUGCACAGAAUGUUCGUAAUCUGGAAAUUCAAGUUGCUCUAAGUGUAUUGAAGGCUAUUACUUGGAAUCAAGCAGCUGUAAUAUUUGUUAGUCACCAUGUGUAAAUUGCUCAAGUGCUGCGACAUGCUUAACCUGUAUAAAUGGAUAUUUCUUUAAUGGAACUUAGUGCUAAUAAUGUGCUUAAGAGUGUGCUAUUUGCAAUGGGCCAGCAUCUUCUCAAUGUUCAAGUUGCAAAUAACCAUAUUAUCUUGAGGGAACAACAUGCAAACGUAAAUUCUUUUUAUUAAUUAAUUUUCUUAGAAUGCCCUGUAAAAUGCCAAUCGACUUGUCAAUUCUUAGUUGACUCUGUAAAAUGUGAUGCUUGUGCUUCUGGAUACUUUGGUGAUACUUGCGAAUAAUGUUCUAGUACUUGCAAAACUUGCGUUGAUUUGGCUACAACAUGUACUUCAUGCAAUAUUGGAUAUUACUUGGAUGGCUAAGCUUGUACUUAAUGUGCCUUGCAUUGUGUUACUUGUGAAGAUGGUACAGGAAACUGUUUAAGCUGUGAAUCAGGUUAUGUGACCGAUGAGUUCCAUAAAUGUGCAAGUAAUUUAUCAUUUCUAUCAAACAAUAGCUUGUUCAAAUUGUACUUGUAUAACUGGAUAAUAUUACGACAGCUCUUAGACAACUUGCAAAACUUGUAAUGAAUCUUGUACCUAAUGUGUUGGUACCUCCACAAAUUGUCAAGCUUGUUAACCUUAAUUUUAUUUGGAUAACUCAACAUGUACUGAUUGUCCAGAUCCUUGCUUAACUUGCAGCUCUGUCAGCACCUGUCAAACAUGCAUUGCUGGAUAUUAUUUAGACAUUUCGACAUGUAGAAUAUGCACCUCCCCUUGUGUAAACUGUUCACUUGGAGGAAACUCAAAUUGCUCAUCCUGUAUAGAUGGAUAUUAUCUUGAUGGUUAAAUUUGCAAACCUUGUGAUCUGAAUUGCCUAAAAUGCUCAACCACUUCAAAUAAUUGCUCCCUAUGCCAAUUGGGCUCUUAUUUAAAUAAUACAAGCUGCAUUAUCUGUUCGACUAAUUGUAAUAAUUGCUCAUCUGCAACAUAAUGUAACUCAUGCGAUUCCGGCUAUCAAAUUGUCAAUGGAUAUUGUUAGGCAUGUACAGAUUCCCAAUACUACUCUUCUUAACAUUGCUAUGAUUGCUCUAUUAAUUGUAAAACAUGUUCCACAAGUGAAACAAACUGUAUAUCAUGUGCUCCAGGAAAAUACAUCCAAGGAAAUUAAUGUUUGCCUUGUGUAGCUCCAUGUGCUGAGUGCGAAUCUUAAAAUCAAUGUACUAAAUGUGAUUCAGGAUAUUGGGUUGAUAACCAAGCUUGUACUAAUUGCAAUGAUAAAUGUAAAACUUGCACAUCUGAAACUCAAUGCCAAACUUGUGCUGAUGGCUAUUACUUAGAUGGAACUUCAUGUUUAAAUUGUCCAACUGGAUGUACAUAGUGCUCUAGUUCUUCUGUAUGCACCUCUUGCCAAUUAAGCUAUUACUUGGAUGGCACUUGCAAAUAAUGUUCUCCUGGAACAUUCAUAUAAGAAAAUGCUUGUUCUGCAUGCACUAGCCCUUGUGCCACUUGUGAAACUUCAGCCACUCAUUGUUUAUCUUGCAAUUCCAAAUACUUUUUGAAUAAUAAUUCCUGCUAACAAUGCUCAUCCCCAUGUGACACUUGCGAAUCCGCUUCGGCUUGCUUAAGUUGUGUUGUUGGAUCCUAUUACAUCAGUUCAAGUAAGACUUGUCAAUCUUGCGAAUCGCCCUGCACAGAAUGUUCGUAAUCUGGAAAUUCAAGUUGCUCUAAGUGUAUUGAAGGCUAUUACUUGGAAUCAAGCAGCUGUAAUAUUUGUUAGUCACCAUGUGUAAAUUGCUCAAGUGCUGCGACAUGCUUAACCUGUAUAAAUGGAUAUUUCUUUAAUGGAACUUAGUGCUAAUAAUGUGCUUAAGAGUGUGCUAUUUGCAAUGGGCCAGCAUCUUCUCAAUGUUCAAGUUGCAAAUAACCAUAUUAUCUUGAGGGAACAACAUGCAAACGUAAAUUCUUUUUAUUAAUUAAUUUUCUUAGAAUGCCCUGUAAAAUGCCAAUCGACUUGUCAAUUCUUAGUUGACUCUGUAAAAUGUGAUGCUUGUGCUUCUGGAUACUUUGGUGAUACUUGCGAAUAAUGUUCUAGUACUUGCAAAACUUGCGUUGAUUUGGCUACAACAUGUACUUCAUGCAAUAUUGGAUAUUACUUGGAUGGCUAAGCUUGUACUUAAUGUGCCUUGCAUUGUGUUACUUGUGAAGAUGGUACAGGAAACUGUUUAAGCUGUGAAUCAGGUUAUGUGACCGAUGAGUUCCAUAAAUGUGCAAGUAAUUUAUCAUUUCUAUCAAACAAUAGCUUGUUCAAAUUGUACUUGUAUAACUGGAUAAUAUUACGACAGC